CGGUUCAUGCGGUAGCAGGGAGUCCGGUCAAAAGGGCUGUAACAGGAUCCAGAGGCGCUGUAAUAGUUUGGAUAUAAACGCGAGGACAGUAACGUGCGCGGUUUAGACGAUUAAUAGCACCGGUUUUGUACCAGGAGCUUCUGAAUUACUGUCACCUCCGAAUACUGAUACUGCGGCAAGCGUUAACGCAUCUCCCGAGUUUGAGUCGCGAGCUUUCCGCCGCAUCCCAGCGCAGGGUGAGGAGAAUGAGCUGACACCGAGCCGACUCGUCUGCAUCGACUAACGAAAAUGUGGAUUUUUAUUAUUGCGACAAAACAAGACGAUCAGUAGCUAUGGUGACAUCACGUCCACUCGGUUUUGCGGAUCUGGACACUCUCAUCUCGGAGCUCCGGAGUCUCAGCCUGUGUUAGCGACCUUGAAUUUCGGACAGGGAUUUGGAUCAAAUCAUGAACUCGCUGCUGUUCGGAGAUGCGAUGUCCGCUGGGAUGCCCGCGACGCUGCCUGGGAGCGCCUCGGGCGCGAGCGCGCUGCGCGACGACCUGGGCUCCAACAUCCACGUGCUGAAGACGCUGAACGUGCGCUUCCGCCGCUUCCUGGCCCGGGUGCACGAGCUCGAGCGCAGGAACAAGGCGCUGGAGAACCAGCUGAAGCUUGCCGCCGAGAGAGUGAGCUUUCACCCGCUGUUCACGCGCGACGUGGCCGUGCAGACCGACUCGACCGAACCGAGGCUGCCGGGCAAAAUCUGGAGCUUCACGCACGUGCGGCGGCGCGGGGAGCGCGUGGAGACGUUGCACGGGCCCGGCGUCUCGUGGUCGCACCCGGACGGCGUGGGGGUGCAAAUAGACACAAUCACACCCGAACUCAGGGCGCUUUACAACUUUUUAGCCAAAGUCAAGCGCGAGCGGGACGAGUACAAGAACAAGUGGCAGGAAGAGCUGUCUAGACGAGAGCAGUUGGAAACGAUGCUGGAGUCACUGCAAGCGAGUGCUCAAGAGUCAGAGGCCAUUCAGGAAGAGCUGAGGAAUAAAGUGGAGAGGUUAAAGGCUGAACUGGUGGUCUUCAAAAGCCUCAUGAGUGAUCAAAUGUCUGAGCUGGACACUAAAAUCCAGGAGAAAGCCAUGAAAGUGGACAUGGACAUCUGCAGGAGAAUCGACAUCACGGCGAAGCUCUGUGAUGUAGCACAACAGAGAAACUCUGAGGACAUCCUUUUCAAUGUCAGUCCAUCCAAGACUCCAGCGGGGCCUUUAGCCUGCAGGAAAAAAGAGAAGAAAGCUUUGUCAGAUGAGGAAAACUCAGAGAUGGAUGCAGAUCCAAGCACGUCAGAAGAGGAAGCGGCUGGAACCCUCAACAUUACGGAUGAGAUGAAGCGUGUGCUCAACCAGCUAAAUUGCUCAGAUAAUUCAUUUGUUGCCAGGCGAGACACUUUCGACAUCGACGACGAUUGUGACAGUUUGACGUGGGAAGAAAACGAGGAGACGCUGCUGCUCUGGGAGGACUUCACCAACUACAACGUGCCCUUCAUCAGCACCCCAAACAACGGUGCAGACUGUGGAGGAGGCAGCCAGGAAGCCGAUUGCAGUCUGGGAAGUCUCAUUGACGAGACCGAGAUGCUCUUCAAGACCAGAGAAGAGGAGUACCAGGCAACAAUCGGCCAGAUCGAGAUGGAGUUGGCUACAGCUAAGAGUGACAUGAAUCGGCACCUUCAUGAAUAUAUGGAAAUGUGUAGUAUGAAAAGAGGGCUGGACGUACAGAUGGAGACGUGUAGGAGAAUGAUCAAGGGGGGGAGAAACUCUCCGUCCAUCAGCUCAGUGGCGAGCAGUGACUCAGGGAACACCGACGAGAUCCAGGAUGAGUCAGACAAGGACGGAGACACAGAAGGGGCAAUCAGCUGAUAUUUACCCAGCAGGGUUGCACCCUCCCCUCACCGAGCUCCUAUCAGCUCCGAGGCCACUCAGCAUUCGGCCAAUGGUAUCGGGCAGGAUCGGUCCAAAGGAACUCUGAUGGACAGGUCCCUUUUUCCUGUAGGUGCUUUAACGUCUCCUUUCUAGUGGGGAAGGGGGAGAGGGACGUUCCCUUGCCUCUUGAGUAUUGUGCCUCUGCACUGAUGUCCUAGGGUAUUCUGUCGGUCAAAUCCGUCUGACCAAUCACAAGCUUCAUUUACAAUCGUUUUACAGAGUAGGCAAGCUGUACCGUUUAAACCACAAUCCAGUAUCAGUAUCAAGACCUGACAGAAAUUUGCAAAACGUAAAGAGCCAUUUCGCAUGUGUGAACUUUUUCAAAGUGGUUGGAUAUCCAUUAAGAUGCCAGAAUGAUUCUAUUUUCUGUCUUUUCUACAGUGCUGUAUUAUUCAGAAGGCAGAACAGUAGCUUUGACGGCCAUUUUGCUGCCUCCUAACACUAAUUAACAAAGACCCAGUAGAGUGUGUGUGGACGGAAUGCAGCACAGCUCAAGCUAUCUCUAAGGUCUAUGCAAACGGUUAGCCUUAUUUCGUAUUUUCAUGUUAAGUGUAAUCCUGAUUGCCAUCUCCGCUGGGAAGACAGUUAUCGCCAUUGCACCGAGUGCUUCUAGAGGAAAUCGUGAAGCCUGUAAUGUUUACAAGCUCAAAGGAGGGAGCUGUUGUGCGGUAUAGGUGCCUACUCGAGAGCACUCUACUUAAAAAAAAAAAAAAAAGCAUCAUCGUUCUGGAUGGGAAAAGAGCUAUGUGCCUGAUCUUAAGACUGGACUUUUUUGUUUUUGAUGGCCUUAAUGUAUUCGCUCGCCUUUUUUUUUUUUUUUUUUUUUUGCAGCCUAAAACAUGUUGUUUUAUACGUCUUAAGGUUUUUCGCUGUUUUUUCCAAAGACAAAGCUGCUUUACUUUGUUAAGCGGCUUGAAUGAUUUUAAGAGAUUUCAGGUAGCACUUCUGUACGUAAAGUGGAUAUUUCUGUUCAGUGCCGGUUACUGUCGCUAAUGCUAAUAUAUUCAUUUAGUGACGAUGACCAACCAGAUAUGCCAGCAUAGUUUCAUCCAUAAUAUAUAAACGUCUCACAUUUGGCCAGCAGAGAAAAAAUUAAGCCCAUUAAGUUAUGUCUCUGUAAACUGGGAUCAAAAAUGUUAUUGGUAUUUCCUUACUAAAAAAUAUUUUUCUUUUGCUUUUUUUUUUUUUUUUUUUUUUUUUUUGUCCAUGUAUGAUCUUUUGGCAUUUGUGUUGUAUACACGAUUUAUCAAAUAUAUUUUUUUCCAUAUUCAAUUAAAUGUCAUUUAUCUAGGAUUUGUUCAUAUAUAAAGUGUGUAUUUGUGUAAAAAUGGAGGUCCUGACUUUAAUAACAAAUGAUCUGUUGAAAAAAGGUAAAACGAUUCGACUCAAAAACCUUGAAGAACGUCGCACAAAACACUAUAAUAAAAUACUAUAGCAGUCAUCAGAUUGAGCCUCCAUAAUACACAAAUAUUAAUCCUCAAUAUUCUGCUUUUUCUUUGUUUUAUUAUACUGUGUUAUAUUAUUAUAAUCAUGUUAUGGAAUUUCAUAUGAAAAGCCUGCUCACGGGUUUUGUACGAAUUCCCUUUUAUUUUAUUUUUAUUUUUUUGGAAACAAUAUUCAGGGUCAUUUGGAUGCUUUCUCUGGUAAAUAAGUUAUGCACUAAUCGAAUUUUUGCCUUUUGAGCCUCAAAUAAUGCUUCUUUUUAUAUUCUUUAACACAAUAACAGGAAGCUCAUACUACAUUUCUUUGUACCAGGCCCAAACAACAGAGAUCUCAGUAGUGACUUCCUUUAAAUCAUUAAUAUUUAAAAAUGAUGGGUUUACAAUGACUGUAAAAGAGGUAUGUUUGGUUUAAAGGUGCAGUUUGUAAAAUCAUAGACUAUGAAAAAUUAGACAAUUGCAAACCAACCUGACUGACCUCAAGGACUGGCCACAAGGACAUGCAGCGGAUCCUGCUAGUUUCUUCAUUUAAUUCUCCUGUUGAAUUUCUUCCAGCCCUAACAUUUUAAAUGGCGCUGCUCAUUUACGUCCAAUUUCCUUAAAAGGCAGGGAUGCGUGGCAUCAACAGGGGAUUUGCUGUGGUUGAGUGGAAGAAAAAAUAAAUAGGCUUGUCACAACCCAAGUUCACCUAUUGCACCAGAAGGUGCAUUACAUUACAAACUGCUCCUUUAAGUGCAUGUUGCAGCAGAAACUGAGUGUUUUUGUGCUUGUGACCAGAAGGCUGUGAGUUCUUGAGCAAAAGACCAACAACCUUGCAGUUUUAUCUAGUAAGUCGCUUGUAAGGUCCAUAUGAAUGUGCCGAAAUUCUGUCACGUAGACGCUGGAGCUUUACUGAAAGUAGGAGGAAAGAUGUGGCCUGAAGCACCUUGGGGUUUUUAUGUUCUAAGAAACAUCUUUGCAUCAUCUUUGUGUGCCACAUUCACUCACACACACUACAUCCUGAUACCUCGAUCACUGAAUAUCCAUUAUGUCCGUGUAGACACAGCACAUGUAAAGAACUUCCAUGUACAAUAUUAUGCAUUCCAAUACUGUUUUUAACACACCCUCAUUGACUUCCCCUAACAGCAAAAGUUCCCCAGACAUUGGCUAUAAAGAACCUAUACAGAAUCUAGUUAGCUAGUUAAAAUAUGAUAUUACCAGGAGGAUAAGUUACAUGAAUUUUCUGACUUACAGGUGAGCCAGAAAAGUGCUUGAGCUCUGGUAAGAGCAAUAAAACAUAGACGGUACAAACGCAGUAAUUUGUAAGAGCUAUCCCCAGGCACAGGAGUCUCUCUAUUCAAUGACCACAAAUUGAAGCUGCACACAAUUUAAGUCUUUAUGAGCUCUUAGCGGAAUUAAAAUGUUCUAUCUGGCUUUUUAUGGAAUUGAUCUCUCGAAUCUAGGUUUGUUUGACAGAAUGUCAAUAUGUUACGGCAAGAAUGAAAAAAUGCAGAGAUAUUGGUAAAGACUGUCGUUUAUAAAAGUGUUGUAUACCUAUAGCAAUCAUAUUACCUUAAAUAUAAUUUAGGAAAACUGUCAAGCAACAGACCUGACAUUUUUCUGGCCCUGAAAUUUGAAGGGGGUAUGCACUCACAUUUAGCAUCAGACAAUUUCCUGAUCUGUUUCGUUGUAGUUAGCUGGGAAUUAAAGUGGGAUCAGGAAUUUUUAGUGGAUGCUAUUGUACAUAUGUUUUAUGAAUUAAAAAUCACUGGAUGGUAGUGUAAGAAGGGAAAAUUUUGCAGCAUGUAGAGAUGCCUACAUGUCUUUAUUAUCCUGUUUUCAGAGCAUAGGAGCACCACAUAGACCAUGGAUAUCUAAUCUUAUCCACAAAGGGCCGGUGUGGACGCAGGGUUUCAUUCCACUCAGGCGGAAGCUACACCUGAUCUUAGAUUUCACUAAAACUCAAGUGUGGCUUCUGCUCAUCUGGAUUGAAAACCUGCAUCCACAGCAGGCCCUUUGCGGAUGAGAUUGGACAUCUCUGACAUAUACAAAACCAUUCUCCCAGAGCAGACAUUAAGAUGUGCGAAAAGAAGCUUAAUAUUUCCAAAUCUCCUCUAAUCGAAAUCACUGACCGGACCUUUAAAUUGUGAUUUGGUGCUAGAAACCGUUCAGUCUGAAUUAAAUGCUAAUGUCAUGGUAAAGCAUAAGACCUUGUGGCAAUAAUACAAGACUUAACAACUCUAUCUCUGGUAUACAGUAUUUUCACCUCCUUAUGCUGCAGCUCAUGUAGCCUGAAUGGAAAGUCAAUAAGUGUGUAUUAAAAACAAUAUUGGAUUACAGUCUUCCAGUUUUAAGUAAUAUUUUAAGAAAAGAAAAAAUCUGCUUCUUUUAGUAUUGCUUUACUGAACACCAGGUGAUUCAUGUAAUAAUGGGUGAUGCAUUGUGUCAUUGUUUCCGUCGUAUGGCUUCAUGAUAUGAACUAACUUCUGUAUUGCUUCAACAACAUGGAAUAAAAAACACCGGUGGACUGAUCAGUCGCUCAUCACAGUGAAAAUGCAAAUAAUAUUUUACCUCACUGCAUUGCACAACAUGCCCUUGGGUCUGUAUAAUCUCUCUCUCUAUCAAAGAGAGACAAAUAUUAAGUAAGAAGUCAACAUUGUGUUACCAUGAUGAAUGUUUGAGCCUAAUUUGGAAAACUGCUCUAAUUUGUUAAUUAAAAAAAAUAGAAAAUACUGUUCAUCCAUGUUCCAGUAGCCAUGAUUUUCAUCGGUAGUACGUCUUCCAGUGUGUCUAAAUGUACAUACAUACACACGUUUCCUUUUCAGCAUCUUUUUUUGUAAUGUCUAAAAUUAUACACACACACACAUAUAUAUAUAUAUAUUUGAAAGUGAGCUUUUCUUGUUAUUUGUUAUUGUUUUAAAUAUGUAAGCCUUUGCAAUCUGGUGUGAGGGAUGUAAAGAUGUUUCAAAUGAUGAAUGUGGUUGGUGCUGGGGUUUUAAACCAAAAAAAAAAACAUAUA